AUGUCAAGUAUUCUCAAACCCUUCCGUAAAGUAUUUGAAACUAAAAUUGAAAAACUUGCCCGAAAAUGCGGAACAGCACCUUUAUCCCUUCCAGAGAUUCUUCAAGAUGAAUAUACUGCCCGCAUCAUUCUUCGCGCCAUGAAAGAGAGUCCAUUUUCCGAUGACCUAGUGUUGAUAAUUAAAUGGGAUGAUAGAGGAUUUAACGAUGUACCAACUGUUCCUGGUUGCCAAGAAAUAAAAAAGCGAUCCCAAUCCAUUACUAAUACACAGGACAACCAUAGUUGUCAAAUACUCGAUUUAUCCUUAGAAUAUUCAGAAUCACAAGUAACUUCUUUAUCUAUCGGAGGCCACACUGAUAAAGAGACUUUGACUCACUACGAAACAAAUGACUCUGUAACAACUAACAUUACAUCUCCAGAACAGAUCGAAAUUUCCGAGAUGGCCCAUUCCGAAAAAUUUGAGGGCAUAGAUGGUUCUGCAAAAUGUAUUGAUAAUUCAUUUAACAUUAAGGAGGUAUUACAACAUUUAGCUCAGUUAUGCGAUAAAACAAUAGGUGCAGAAGAUCGAGCUUCGAAGGCUAAUUACGAAGAAAUCAUAUGCUGGUCUCUUUAUGGUAGAGAUUUUGAAUUUUAA